UUUCACAGAAUGUUAAUGCCAAGUUCGCAGCUACGUGACUUAGACCUGGUAAAAUGGUUAGACAAUAAACUUGGUGACAGUAAUGAACUUUGGAGUGGUCGUCAAGCUGCCUCGCUUCUUUCACGAGAGAUGUUGGUGGAGUUAGAAACUUGCUUUCAAGCCUUAGAAUCUCACGUCAAAUUAAAGAUCGUGCUGGCUAUUCCCCAUCUUUCUUACCGGUUAAUGACAAUGUGGCGUGUCCCAUUGCAAAAUCUUUUGGCGCUGGCAAGGAGAGAUGCUGACGACUGGAUUGAAACUGUUGCGGACAUGUAUAGAGAUUAUCCGACUCGCAGAAGUGUGAACCCAGUUCCGUCCAACCCUAAUUCUUACUUUUGUAAAACUCUGGAUGAACUGCGAAGAAUAAUUAAAAAACAUUCGGAAGAAGGGAAUCUGCGUUUGCUGCCUCUGGAUACUGCUGUGGUGUCUCAAUCUGCUAUCAAGGCUCGAUAUGGCAUAGGAGAAGUUGAAGUCAGAAAGCAUUUUAACUUGAAAAGAAGGGCGAAGUCAUCUACGCUAAAGGCUGACCUUUUAAAAGCUGCAGAACAAGGGGUAAAUCCCGCAAAAAACCAAAAGAGCGGAAUUAUAUCCUCAAGUUUUCCUAUAAGGAUUAGAAGCACAGCACGGAAGCCAAACAAUGAUUUGCCUAUGCGAGGGAUUCCUACCGUCAAUACUUGUAAACUGUCUGGUGGCUUUACCAACGAACCUCGAAAGUUUCAAAGGCAGUUAGCAAAACGUGAAGGUGGUGCCAAGUUGAUUGAUAUAGCAGAAAUACCGCACGCUUUAAAAAAACGGAAGAGGGAGCAAGAAGCAGAAGAAAAGGCAAGAUUAAAACAAGAAAGGGAAGAAACCAAAAAAAGGUUAUUGGCAGAGAAAGCUGAAAAGGUCACUUUUAAGCCUGGUUGCGUCUUAUUAUCUCCAAGUACUUCGAGCCCUGUUUCUUUAACAACUAGUACUGUCAAUAGUACCGCAAAGCCCUCUUCCCCAUCUUCCUCUUUGGCUUCUUCAACGGCCCCUUCGACUUCUGGACGUAUACAACAGGAGGAGGUCGCAGAAAAAGAUUUGCCGGUUGUUCAGGAGAAGCCUUCUUAUGCCGAUGUACGAGAACGGCCAACUAUGGGUUAUACUGAAAAUGUGUCUACAAUUGCUCAAACUAUUUCGCGACAACUGGAGCAGCGCGAGUUAACUAGUCGACGUCAGUGCGACGAACUUUUGAGUUCGGCUAACGCGUUAGAUGCCCAAGGCCGUCGAAUGGUCACAGCGUUUAUGGCUGGAAAUAAAGCUCAUCCUUUCCCCCAAAUGGGUGACAUUGUUACAUUGAAGUUGUCGGAAACUUAUGAAGAUGAAAUCAAGCCAGAUGGGACCUGCCAACGGCAUCGAGUUGAAACAUACUUUCAGAUGGACUAUCGUACUGGAGAGUGGAAACGACUUCGUAAAACAAAAGCCUUACGUCCGGAAGAAAUGACUAGCAUAUUUGGGCAGUUUGCGGAGAUCCCAGUGGGACUAUCUCAAGCACAGAGGUCUUUUAGCUGA